AGAGAAGCUCGGCCGUCCAAGGACCCCGGCGGAGUGGCCGACGGGGAACCCCGGACGCAGCCGAAUCUGGAGGGAUCCCCGCGCCUAGCGAGUCGCCGUCCUCGCCUCCGCGCCGCCCCCGUGGGCUGGCAGGUGCCCGGCGAGGACGCGCUCCGCCUCGCCGCUCACUCCCGCGGCCCCGUCGUCCGCUCGCCGGCUCCUGCUUGCCCGCGCGCCAUGCAGCCGCCUCCAGCCCCGCGCGCGUAGGCGCCCGCCGCAGGCCAUGCUGCCCCUGCUCGCCGCGCUCUUGGCCGCCGCCUGCCCGCUGCCGCCCGCUCGCGGCGGCGCCACGGACGCGCCGGACCUGCUCGGGGCGUCCCUCAACGCCUCGGCCAACGCGUCGUCCGCGGGCGAGCCCGUCGCCCCGCGCCUGCUGGCCUCGGCGGCCCCCGGGCAUCCCGAGCGCGCGGGCCCGGAGGAGGCGCCGGCCACCGCACCGUGCAACAUCAGCGUGCAGCGGCAGAUGCUGAGCUCGCUGCUUGUGCGCUGGGGCCGCCCGCGGGGCUUCCAGUGCGACCUACUCCUUUUCUCCACCAACGCGCACGGCCGCGCCUUCUUCGCCGCCGCCUUCCACCGUGUCGGGCCGCCCCUGCUCAUCGAGCACCUGGGGUUGGCGGCUGGCGGCGCGCAGCAGGACCUGCGCCUGUGUGUGGGCUGCGGCUGGGUGCGCGGCCGGCGGUCCGGCCGUCUCCGGCCCGCGGCGCCCGGUCCGGGCCCCACCGCCGGGACGCCUUCCGCGCUGCCCGCCUACCCCGCGGCUGAGCCCCCUGGGCCGCUGUGGCUGCAGGGCGAACCGCUGCAUUUCUGCUGCUUGGACUUCAGCCUGGAGGAGCUGCAGGGCGAGUCGGGCUGGCGGCUGAACCGCAAACCCAUCGAGUCCACGCUGGUGGCCUGCUUCAUGACACUGGUCAUCGUCGUGUGGAGCGUGGCCGCCCUCAUCUGGCCGGUACCCAUCAUCGCCGGCUUCCUGCCCAACGGGAUGGAGCAGCGCCGGACCGCCGCCAGUGCGCCCGCCGCCGCCCCCGCCGCGGUGCCCGCGGGCACCACCACCGCAGCCGCCGCCGCCGCUGCUGCAGCCGCCGCCGCCGCCGCGGCCGUCACCUCGGGGGUGGCGACCAAGUGACCGCGC